UCCAAAACAUGCAUUGUAGACAACUACUCUUGACACUUUUGGUACUUAUGUUUAUAAGCACUUCAGAAACCUGCACCCUACGUAAACGUAUUAGUGCAGUUGAAGGGGAACCUUUCUAUCUGAAAUAUUGCUCCUCAUCAUCUGAACAUGAGAAUGAACCAACCACCAUAAAAUGGUACAAAAGCAGUGGAUCACAGGGACGUGUUGAGCUAAACUCUAACAGUUCAUCUAGAAUUACUUUGCAUGAUUAUGUUUUGGAGUUUUGGCCAGUUGAGUUGGAUGACAGUGGAUUUUACUUUUUCCAAAUGGGAAAUGAUACUUAUAAUUGGACAUUAAAUGUCAUCAGAAAAACUAAACACAGUUGUUUUGCUGAAGAACAAUUAUUUAGUAAAAUUGUGGAAGUUAAAAAAACUUUGCAGAUAACCUGUAACAAUAGUUACUAUGAAAAACUGACCAAUGGAACAUCAUUGUAUAAGAACUGUGAAGAGAUAGAGAACAAUAAAAAGUCAUUUUUACAGAAGAAUGCAGAGUUUCAAGAUCAGGGAUAUUACACCUGCAUGUUUUCCCUUUAUCACAACGGAAAACACUUUAACGUCACCAAAACUGUCAAUGUAACAAUAGUUGGAGAUCACAGUUAUAUAAUUCCAGUUCUUCUUGGACCACAGCUUAACCACAUUAGAGUGGAAUUAGGNAAAGAUGUACAGCUCAACUGCUCUGCCUUGUUGAAUGAAAAGGAUGUGCUUUAUUGGAACGUCUGGAAAAAAAAUGGAAAAGAUCCUAAUGUGCAUGAAGAGGAAGAAAGAAGAAUUAAGACUUCAGAAGGCAAAUGGCAGGCUUCAAAAAUAUUGAGGAUUGAUAAUAUUAAUGAAAAAAAUCUAAAUUUUUCAUAUAAUUGCACUGUGGCCGGCAAGGAAGGCAUAGACACCAGAAGCUUUAUCUUGUUGAAAAAAGAAGAUCUGGUUGAUAUCCCAGGCCACAUCUUCACUAGAGGAAUGAUCAUAGCUGUUUUGAUCUUGGUGGUAGUCGUCUGCCUAGUGAUUGUGGGUAUUAUUUAUAGAGUGGACUUGGCUCUAUUUUAUAGACAUUUCACGAGAAGAGACGAAACGUUAACAGAUGGAAAAACAUACGAUGCUUUUGUGUCUUACCUAAAAGAAUGCCGACCUGAGAAUGGAGAAGAGCACACCUUCGCUGUGGAGACCUUGCCCAGGGUGUUGGAGAAACAUUUUGGGUAUAAGUUAUGCAUAUUUGAAAGGGAUGUAGUGCCUGGAGGAGCUGUUGUUGAUGAAAUCCAUUCGUUGAUUAAGAAAAGCCGAAGACUAAUCAUUGUCCUAAGUAAAAGUUACAUGUCUAAUGAAGUCAGGUAUGAACUUGAAAGUGGACUCCAUGAAGCACUCGUGGAGAGGAAAAUGAAAAUAAUCUUAAUUGAAUUUACACCAGUUGGUGACUUCACAUUCUUGCCCCAAUCACUAACGCUUUUGAAAUCUCACAGAGUUCUGAAGUGGAAAGCUGAUAAAUCUCUGUCUUAUAACUCAAGGUUCUGGAAAAAUCUUCUUUAUCUGAUGCCUGCAAAAACAGUCAGGCCAUGCAGAGAUGAAUUAGAAGUCUUGCCUUGCUUUCCCGGUCCUGAUCUUCAGAGCAGCUGAAUACAAGAAAGAACUCAUGACAUUUUCGGGAUUGAGUGGAGGAGCCUGUUUCUAACAAAGGGCAUGACUCAAAAUAUUGGACUCAACUCUAUAAAAAUCUGACUCACAGUUUGAAGAUGAAACUUGUCAUCAGAUUGCCAGGGAUAAGACUAACCUUGAGCUGUCAUUGUGGGCUCCCAAAAGACCUUGGAAUUCAAAAGAAAUGGAUUCCCGGUUUCCCCCUCUCCCAUAAAUGGACACUGGGGCUGCAAAUGAUGGAAAAUAACCUCCUCUUUACAAAAAGGGCGCAUCUUUAAGAGUUUUUAAUGUUAACAUUGCACUAAAG